AUGGUGGUCAGCGAGACAACCGGCAAGGACAGCAGUAGGCGAGGGAGCAGCGCGUCUCCGAUCCGGGAGAGGUUGAGGCGCAAGCCACGGCAGGAUUGGUUGGUUACCGUGGGGCAGGGACGCAGCCCGGCGAGGACGCUGAGGAGGGAGAGCAAGGGUCGGGCGACGAGCAGGAGUCCUGGGAGGAGCAAGAAGUUCGAUUCGGCCAGGCUGUCCUUUGGCGGGCUCGAGCAGGACCCAAAGCCCCGUCGAUCUCGAACGCCGCCACAAGCGGACGACGGCACCCCUUCUUCUCCCACCACGCCCGAGCCUCGAUCCCGGAAACAUCGACCCGGCCCGUCGCCUUCCUCUGCAGAUUCUCUCAAAGGGCGCUCCCACACCUCGCCGAUGCUCCUCGCUAGUGUUACAUCGGUCGCCACCGCUCCGCCUACCGCGGCCUCAUCGACGGUGGAGCGGCGGUCCCCGGCGUUUCCCCGGUCGGCGGCGGGCGUCGAUGGCAACAAGGCCGGCUCUCCGUUCGGCCGCUCCGUAGAGCUUCGGCCACCUUCACCGUCGUCAACCCCGGUGUCACCGUCGACCGCCGCUGCUGUUCCGAAAACGGACUGGCUCGCCGCGGCGAUCUCAGGGGGCCGCGGAGAAAGCGGAGGAGAGGAGGCGUUCACCAGCCCCGGUGGCGGGGGAGGAGCGGAAAGGCGGGGACGGCUUGAUCUGAGCCCCUGGCGAGCCCGGAAGCCGGGGCAAGGGUUGUCACCGCCGCGUCAGGCGUCGCCGUCGUCCUCGCCGCGAAGCCUCGCAAAGGGGGAUUGGCGGCGGGGCCCCGCAGGCGUGAGACCGGGCCAGGCGGGGGCUUCGCGUAGCCUCAGCCCCUUGGCCGGAGGUAGGGCGGCGGGCUUCGGCAAGACGUCGUCCAUGAGGUUCGGCCGCGGUAUAGAUCCCCUGGGUGCUGGUUUUGGGGCAGGGAGCCGAGGUGCAAGCUCUUCGACGAGACAGAUGCCGGAGUCGUGUGCUGCCGAGAGGGAGGAAGCGGAAGUCGAUGCCGACGACGAUGGGGCCAACGGAAAAGAAGAAGGGGGAGCGUUGCUCGCCGAGAGGGAGGAGGUGAGCGGGGAAGGCCGCGCAGAGGGGAAUGCGUCUGAUGGAACGGCGGGACUGCUGACCGUGGAGACAAAGGACUUCGGCGAGAUGUCGGGUGGCACUACCGUUGUCAACAACCCGGCCGGAGCGGAACACGACGACCCGCUUCGUCCCACCCUCGUCGUCACCGCCAGACCCUCCCCCCUGCGAGCCCAGCUGCAGUCCCCCAUCACCCAAGACCCGAGCCCCUGCACCAGCGACGGCCUCCACUUUGCGAUUUCCGACGGCAUCCCGCCGGACGGGGGCCCGGGGGGGGACGCAGCAGGGCGGCUUCCGCCAUCGCCGCAAGCAACAGGGGCGGUGGUGAGGGAGGGACCGAGACCGCCGUUACAUGGAAACGGGGGUGGGUUUACGGGCCACGUGCCCCCGGGCGUCCGCAUCGUCGGGAGAACGGCUGCCGGGAAGCAAGCCGGCGCCGCUUCCGGUGGUGGCAGCGACGGCGGCGGCGGCGGCGGCGGCGGAGCCUUGGCGGGAGAAGCGCCGACCGGUCGGCGUGACCGCUCGGCUUUGUCGUCGUCGCCGUCCUCGGUGUGCUCCGAGGGAGGAGGGACGGGGCCGCCGCGGGGGGGAGAGGUGAAGCUGUUUGUGAGCACCCCGACGGGGGAGGGUGACGCUUCGGACCUGUCCCUCUGGGUCACCACGAGGGGUUCCGAAGAAGGAGGCGGAGAGGGAGCGGCGACGCCGGGAGACGGCGCGGCUUCGCCGUUGCCCUCGCCUCUUUCGGUGCGGUUGUCGCCGGUGGCGGCGAAAAGCCUGGAGGAUGAUGACCCGGGGAUCGAUGCCGGGGAUGGUGCCUCGAACGCGGUCGAUCUCGAGGAAGAAGUCUUCGAGAAGGACCUCGAGAACGGUCUUGGGCUCGGGGCUAAGAAUGGUCUUGAGGCGAGGUCCGGUGACGGGGAGGGGGGCGCAUCCGGAGAGGCGGAGAACGAGGCUGAAGUUCUUCUUGAGGAAGAAGGAGCCACUCGCUGUCUACUGCAACCAUCGGAAGGGCCUGAGGCGGCGGAAGAAGCCGGCGGCGACAACGAGGACCCCGAAACAGCGGUGUCUCAAGGGGAAGUGGAAAGCGCGGCCGAGAGUCUCUCCGGUGCGGAGGUCCCUCUGCUCGACAGCAGCAAAACAAUCCCAUCAACAACGGCGGAAACGGCAGCAAACGUGGAGAAGACGGAAGUGGGCGGCAUGGAAGGGCCCUGGGAGGCGGUUGCCCGGGUCUUCUGCGGUAUUUUCAACUUUUGUCGACCCCCCGGCGGUGAGGGUGGACAGCGGGGCGAGAAAUGA